AGGGACGAGCACGAGAGCAACUACAAGAGAAUUAGUAGCUCGAACUGUUCAAUGAACUAUUUAGGUUCUUCAGUUCGGAUUCCACUUCAAGAAUUAGAAUAGCAAUACUUAAUAAAAAAAAUUUACAUUUAGAUAAUUUAGAUUUUUUAGAUUAUGGUCUUCUCAAGUUUUAUUCUUGGUGAUUUUCGCAUUUAUUUCUCUUACUAACGGUUUUUAUGGGUGGCAUACGUAUUAGAGUCAACCGCUACCUAGAAAAAGUACUAGUUAGACGUAGAGCUGGUAGUUGUGGAGACCUGGUUUUAUUGAGUCCCGCGGUGAUCUUACCCUCCGCGGACAAUUAUAUCCACAAUUAAUAUCAGAUGAUGGCGAUUGCUGACGCAGGAGCUUCGACAUUACUUUUACUCAGUUGCAGAUCUAUAAGUAAAAGACAGAAACAGGAGGAACAAAGAAUAUACCACGAC